AUGGGCCGCGUGAAGCCGUACCAGUGCCUCAUGGCUCAGUACUUCUCCCUCGGGUUUCGAUAUGGGAUUGUGGUUGGAAGGAAAGGAUCAGGGCUUCUGACCAAUGAGGCUGGUGAAGUCACGAGUCAUCUGCAGGGUAUGUUGAACCGGACAGUAAGAAUGCUAGAAGCAGGGAUAAAGCCUGUUUUUAUUUUUGAUGGAGAGCCACCUAAAAUGAAGAAAAAGGAGCUUGCAAAAAGGUCCUUAAAGAGGAAUGAUGCUACCAAAGAUCUUGAGAUCGGAGAUGAGGAUUCAAUUGAAAAAUUUAGCAAAAGGACUGUCAAGUUAAUGAUCUUGCUGUCUGAGGAAAUAGGCAAUAAAGAAUUUGUUCGAAGAGUGUCCUUAAAUUUAUAUCAGAUAAAGCAGCCUUCUAUUCUCGUCAAGAAAAAGCACAAUGAUGAUUGUAAGAAGCUGUUAAGAUUGACGGGUGUGCGUGUGGUAUGA